AUGACCAUUUCGCCAUGUUUCAAGCAUUCGUCUUCUAACUCGAAGCGUGCAACGUACUCUGUAGAAGUCUCUUCCAUUCCCGUGCAAAAAAUGGAAUCCUCCAAAAUUCAAAGUGAACUUCAGGGAGCUGCUGGCCCGAUCCGGAAACGGGACGUGGAUAGACGGAUGCGGAACAACGCAAGGUCAAUGAAGCCGACAGAAGCCAGCCCGUCCGAGGAGGAUAAUAUCGAGCUGUGUUCCGAAAGCUCCUCCGGGUUUUUCGACGCAUUCGACCCUCAAUACCCGCCGAUCACCAAAAAAAUGAACCAGGCUAUUGAAAACGCUCUCAAAUGUCCUGCAAACCACGUUUUGACCCACUUCGCGGGGCAGCCCUUGACCCGUUCGGAUCUCGAAACUCUGGUGGGAGACAAUUGGCUAAACGAUACGAUCGUGAACGCCUACCUGAAUCUGCUCGUGAUCCAGAGCAAAGAAAUCCCAUUCUCCCCGAAAAUCUACACGUUCAGCACGUUCUUUCUGGAACGCUACUUCGUCAUGGGCUACAAUGCUGUCCGUGAAUGGACCCGAGACGAAGACAUUUUCGCACACGACAUCUUACUCGUGCCAGUGCACGUCGGAGCGCAUUUGUGCUUGGUAGUCGUGGAUCAGAGGAAGAAAACAAUCACUUUCAUGGAUCCAAAUGGGGGCAAAAACGAACCGCUUCUGGUAGUCGUCCUGGCAUACCUCACCGAUGAAUUCCGCGUCAAGAAAAACUCACAAGUGUGUUUCUCCGACUGGCAAAUGGAAACCGAACAUGAUCUCCCGAAACAAGUGAAUCCCUCCGAUUGCGGGGUGUUUGUCCUGAAAUACGCGGAAUUAGCAACACGUAGUUGUAUCGGAGGCUUCAGCCACGGAGAUGUUCCUUACAUCAGGAGGAAGAUGAUGCACGACUUGAUAGAAACGCGUAUCCCACCUGGACUUAUGGAGGUUCUGGACAGAUUCGCCUCCGGAAUAUCGCCUGACUACGUCCCGAGAGCUCGGCCUCUCGCAACCGAAAUUCAGGCGACCAUGCGUUCCGUCUUCAACUUCCAAUUCAGUCCGCACAAAACUCCAAUCCAAAAUCCUACGAAAUUCAGAAAACUUCUACAGGAGGUCACUGAGGUCGGUGGCCUUCUCGACGACACCGUAAUAACCUCUCGUCUCCUGGAGGCUUCGCCUGACACCUGGGCUAACUUCAUCCAGUCCUGGGAACUCAGCCUAGUGAACGGCAAACGAUCCUCAAUCUUUAUGCAGCCAUCGAAAACGAAGAAAGCCGCCCCUAGUGAACGGCAAACGAUCCUCAAUCUUUAUGGAGCCAUCGAAAACGAAGAAACCCGCCUCAAAUGCCGUUCUAGAAACCAACAAUAG